AUGUCCAUGCUUGUCCGUGCCGCCCCCCUCCGCGCCGCUCGCGUCGCCGCCGCUCGCCAGCAGGUCCGCUUCGCUCACUUCGAGAACGUUGUUGACAAGACCAUCCCCACCAGCGUCAACAACAAGUUUGGCCUCGCUGCCAAGAUGGGUAUCUACAUCACCUGCGGCUUCGGUCUGCCCUUCUUCGCCUCGUGGUACCAGAUCCAGAAGGCCAAGGGCGCUUAA